GAGUAGAGAGAGUAAAGCUUCAGCGCACUGUCACACUGGAACACGGAGUCAUUGUUCUCGUCAACUAUUUGGUCUAGGAAAGGGCCUGGAUAUGGCUACGUCUAUACUUGGGGAAGAGCCGCGGUUUGGAACUACCCCUUUAGCUAUGCUGGCUGCAACCUGCAACAAAAUCGGCAACACCAGUCCUCUCACGACAUUGCCCGACUCCAGCGCGUUUUCAAAAGGUGGAUUUCAUCCCUGGAAAAGAUCCUCUUCGAGCUGCAACUUGGGCUCCAGCCUGCCCGGAUUCACGGUCGCGACAAGCCGAAGCACCUCCGGAUUAACGAGCACCACCGGCACGGGCAACAGCGCUUUCUGCCUGGCCUCCACCUCGCCAACGUCCUCGGCGUUCUCCGCCGAAUACGGCAGCUUGUUCGCCAACACGGCGAGCGUUUCCUCGCAGGAGUCGGGACAGUCCGCGUUCAUUUCCAAAGUUCACUCCACGGCAGAGACUCUGUACCCGCGGGUAGGCAUGGCUCAUCCGUACGAAUCGUGGUACAAGUCCGGUUUUCACUCCACCAUCUCGGGCGAGGUGGCGAACGGGGCGUCCGCCUGGUGGGACGUGCACACGAACCCGGGCUCGUGGCUCGAGGUUCAAAAUCCGGCCAGCACUUUGCAAACUUCGCUGCACUCCGGAACUCCACAGGCCAUCCACUCCCAGCUCAGCGGCUACAGUCCGGAUUUCUCCAGCCUCACGCACUCCGCGUUCAGCUCCACCGGCAUCAGCCCCACGGCGUCCCACCUCCUGUCAACAAGCCAACACCUGUUGACGCAGGAAGGCUUCAAAACUGUGAUCCCCACUUACACGGACGCGUCCGCCACGAACGCUAUGAUAUCGGGCGCCAGCUCGGGCAUAGGAACCUCCUCCCGGUCCUCAAGGAGAUACUCCGGACGGGCCACGUGCGACUGCCCGAACUGUCAGGAGGCCGAGCGGCUCGGGCCUGCGGGUGCCAGCCUGCGGAGGAAAGGACUCCAUAGCUGUCAUAUCCCGGGCUGCGGCAAAGUCUACGGCAAAACGUCUCACCUCAAAGCGCAUCUGAGAUGGCACACCGGCGAGAGGCCCUUUGUGUGCAACUGGCUCUUUUGCGGCAAAAGGUUCACCAGAUCAGACGAGCUCCAGAGGCACCUGCGCACUCACACGGGGGAGAAAAGAUUCGCUUGCCCGGUGUGCAACAAGCGCUUUAUGCGGAGCGACCACUUGAGCAAGCACAUCAAAACACACACAGCAGGAGGAGGAGGCAAAAAGGGCAGCGACAGUGACACCGACACCAGCAACCUGGAGACCCCCAGGUCAGAGUCGCCGGAACUGAUUUUAGAAGGUGUAAACCCACGGGUCACUGUCGAAGGUCAGUCUCCACACCACGAGUCCUGAGCAACAUGACCUCAAAAUCCAUUUUCCUCCUUAUGGGUGAAUCAAGAAAAGCAAACGGGUCUGGACUAUAUGACAAACUUUGAGUAUUCUGCAUUUCUUGGGGGAAAACGAGACGUCAUGGCUCAUAAGCAUUGGAAACGGCUAAUUCAGUACAACACUGGCUAUUUCUACAUUGCACAAACACCUCAUCUUUCCGGACGAAACAUUCUUGUCAAGGCUCAGUGGCAGUGCGCAAAAGAGGGAACUAAAUAGCCACGCUUGCCGGUAGAGCUAAUUGUGUAUAUCCACAAAAAGAUGUGUUUUCUUUUCUUUUUUUUUUUUUUUUUCUCUCCUGUAAAUGUUACUUAAGAUUGUUUUGUGGUGGAUCCUGAAAUUCAGGGAAUUUUCUUUCCUUUCGACGCACUUUGUGGAUGUCAGUAUGUAUGUUACACAGCUAUUUAAAAUUCAUUUAAUCUUCCCUUUACCUUGUUAAAAAUAUUAAUGUUUAAUUGUAAAAAGUCAUGCUUAUAAGGCUUUCAUUUUGUAAUUAAAGGGAUUUA